ACCCUAAACCGUAUAAUCCAUAAUUCUACACAUUCCGAUUCUUCAAUUGUACCAAAAACCGUAAACCCAAGUAUGUACUUGAAGAACCACCUUAUACAUUCACUCAGAACAACAAACCAUAAACCCAAUGAAUUUGGGGGUGUUUUCAUGCAAUUCAAAGCAUCAAUUUCGAGUCUCAAAGUAGCAUGGCGUAAAGACCCAAAACUAGACCAAGCAAUUGAAAACGACAAAAAAUGGAAACUUUGUGCUAGAGUUGUUAAAGAAGUGUUAAACGAACCGGGUCAGGUAAUCCCACUUCACUAUUUAGAAAAACGCCGUCAAAGAUUGAGACUAACUGUAAAAAUCAAGACUUUUCUUGAUUUUAACCCGGGUUUAUUCGAUACUUAUUCGGGUCGGGUCAGACCCAAAGCUGACCCGGUUAUGUUUGUUCGGCCUAGUGAAAGAUUAAGGCAAUUCUUGGAUGAGGAGAGUAGGAUUUAUGUUGAAAAUGAAUCUUUAUUGGUGGCUAAAUUAUGUAAACUUUUAAUGAUGUCUAAGGAUAAAGUUGUAAGUGCAGAUAAAUUGUUACAGGUGAAGAGGGAAUUUGGGUUCCCAAAUGAUGUUUUGGUAAAUUUGGUGCCGAAAUAUUCGGAGUGUUUUAAGUUAAUUGGUGAACCUGGGGAGGGAAAAUCGUUUUUGCAAUUGGUUACGUGGAACCCCGAGUUUGCGAAGUCGGUGAUUGAGCUAAGAGCUGAGGAAGAAUCGAUGUUAACGGGGAUUAGAACUAGGCCAGCGUUUAAUUGGAAACUUCCACCGGGUUUUUUCAUUAGGAAGGAAGUGAGAGAGUGGAUUCGAGAUUGGAUGGAGCUUCCUUAUAUAUCGCCAUACGAUGAUGUAUCGCAUUUGGAUCAAUCUUCGCGAGAGAUGGAGAAGAGGAAUGUUGGGGUUUUUCAUGAGUUGUUAUCGCUUUCUAUUUAUAAGCGGGUUGCCAUCCCCAUUUUAGGGAAGUUCAGUGAUGAAUAUAGGUUUUCAAAUGCGUUCUCGAAUGUAUUUACUAGGCAUUCGGGGUUGUUUUAUGUGUCGUUGAAGGGCGGGAUUAAAACUGCAAUGCUUAGGGAAGCAUACAAGGAUGGUGAGCUGAUAGAUCGAGACCCACUUCUUGAGAUUAAAGACAAAUUUAUUGAGUUACUUGAUGAGGGCCACAGACAGAGAGCUGAGCAAUUGAAGUUGCAGAGAGAGAUGGUUCAGGAGGACAUGAAAAUGAUGGCAGUUAGCAAUGUUGGACUAGACGAUCACAAAUGCGAAGAGGAGCUACUGGGAGAGGAGGAAGAUGCCGAGCAAUAAUAUCUUGGGUUCAGUGCCGGAUUUUUCAUUUUGAAGAUGCUACAUUUCAGAGAGGAUUUUUCUUUUGAUAGAACAAGCCAAAAGAUGCCUUGCAUAGAAUGGUUGUUUGUAUCAAGUCACUCUUUUUUCUGCAAACUUGUGCUUGCCUCGGAGCAAGGGUUCAUCACUGGGUUUCACCCCACGCUAUAAUGGUUUACUGACUAGCAUCGCAGAAAGUUCUGGGAAAUAUGGCAUUGCUCAUUGUCAAUUGACAUUAGUAGAACACAUUGCAAAGCAACUGCAUCUUUUCA